UGUCAGGUUUCACUCUCAGAUGGGAUGAGUCCCCCCAUUGUCCUCACAACAGACCCCACACCCCUCCGUUUAUAGGACCAUCUCACACCAUACCCUUACCCCUUCACCCUCCCUUUUAUGUCCUUCAAUUCCCCUCCAUUUUCUCUAUUUUCUUCUCUUCUCCAACUGAAACACCACUCAAUUGGCCUCCUCUCCCACACUAAGUUUAAUUUCUUGCUAAAUUAUCCGUACACUUUGCUAGAAUUUUCCAAAUUGAAAAAAUAUAGCAUCUAUCUUAAAACACCACCUGAAAAACCCUACAAUUGUUAGUUGUUCUCUCCAUGGACAAAGCUGAGAGAGAGACGCACGACUUCAUGAACGUCGACUCUUUCUCUCAGCUUCCCUUCAUCCGCCCUGCUCCGCCCCCUAGAGAAAAGGGCAUCAGACUCUUCGGCAUAGAAUUUGGCGAUACUCCGCCAAUUUCUGCUGCCCAAGAGUCUGAGUCUGUUGACACAACCACUAACGAAAACAGCAACAACAACUUAGAGAAUAAUAACAACAACAACAAUAACAACGGCGAGAGUAGCCGGAGGUUCGAAUGCCACUACUGCUGUAGAAACUUUCCGACUUCUCAAGCCCUCGGCGGACACCAAAACGCACACAAGAGAGAGAGGCAACACGCGAAACGACAACACCUUCAGUCAGCCAUGGUUCACGGUUCCCUCGCCGAAGGCCACCACCAAGUUUACGGAUUCAUGAACUACAGGUUCGGAUCUUUCGGUUCUUCUCCAACAAUGGCUGCUUAUCCUACAUGGAAUAACAGUAGCCACAACAACACCGGCGUGGGAAGGUUCUACGGAACCUCGUCAUCAUAUUCCUCUUCUUCUCCUUCUUCUUCUCAUCAUCAACAGCCACCCAUCAAUGGUAACCCCUUGUCCGUGUGGCGAAUCCCUAACGGUGGUGGUGGUGGUAGUAACAACCCUAUCUUGGGGCGCGAACGGGGGUUUCCUUUGCUUGCAGGGGAAGAAGUGAACGCAAGAAUAGGAGCAACGAGGGUGGAAUUAAGUCCCAAUAAUAAUAAUGGUUCACAAAACGGGUAUGUUUAUGACUCCAAAACAAGCGUUAGUGACCAUGUCAGCUUGGAUCUUCAUCUGUAACAUUUAUAAUACACCAACAAAAUUUUUAUCAAUAACUAAUUAUCAUUAUUAUGC